AUGCAGGUAGACUAUCGUGCACCAACAAAUCUCCUGCAGUUGCUCGUAGAUGCUUACAUUCGUCACGAGCUAAUUGCUGCCAAGUUAUAUGUUGCAUUCGCUGCGAUCUCUUCCCUUAUGCCUACUACUGUCACAUGCGUCCGGUCUUGCAUGCAUGGUCUAUCCAGGAGCAGUGCAUACUCGAUUUGAACAUUCUUUGGGAGUUUAUUGGCUGGCUGGACAGUCUCUGCAGUAUCUUCAAACCUACCAAGGUGCGGAGCUUGAUAUUGAUCAUUUUGAUGUGCAGACAGUGAAACUUGCAGGCCUUCUACAUGAUAUAGGACAUGGACCUUUCAGCCAUAUGUUUGAGCAUAAAUUUCUCCCCCGUGUCAUUACAGGGUCAAAUUGGUCUCACGAGCAGAUGUCAGGGAAGUUGGUGGAUUACAUUGUUGAUCAGCAUCACAUUGACAUUGAUUCUGAAUGCCUUAAACAAGUAAAAGAUAUGAUAAUUGCCAGUUCCAAUGUGUCAGUGGCAAAUAGCAUGAAAGAAAAACGGUUUCUCUAUGACAUCGUCGCUAAUGGACGCAAUGGAAUUGAUGUUGACAAGUUUGAUUAUAUUGCUCGUGAUUGUCGGGCAUGUGGACUUGGGUGCAAUUUUCAAUUCAGGAGGUCACUGUGGGGGUUGGAGACUCUCUCAGGACUUUGGAGGUGCAGCUCUCAAAAGAUAUCCAAUAUUAUGAGUUAUUUUAUGAAAGGUUAUUGCAAAGCAUGCGCAUUAUGGAUGAUGAAAUAUGCUAUCCUACUAAAGAAUAUCUCACAGUUCACAAAUUGUUUUCAACUCGUGCUGACCUUCAUCGUACAGUAUAUACCCACGCUAAAGGCAAUUGAACUUAUGGUUGUUGAUGCCCUAGUAAAAGCAAAUGAUCAUCUUGAGAUUUCAUCUUACACUACUGACCCGGCUGAAUAUUGGAAGCUUGGUGAUAAUAUUCUUAAAAUUAUUGAGACAUCACCUGAUCCAGAACUGAAGGAAUCUAGAGAACUUAUCCUCCGAAUUAGGAGGAGGGAUUUAUACCAGUUUUGCAAUGAAUAUGCUGUUCCCAAGAACAAGCUCGACCUUUUUGAGGACAUCACGGCACAAGAUAUUGUGUGCUCCCAGAAAACUAGUGGAGUGCAAUUGAGGGAAGAGGAUGUUGCUGUUAGCAAUGUUAAAAUUGAUCUAACUUGUGGAAGAAAUAACCCUCUAGACAGAAUCAGUUUCUUUAAGGAUUAUGAGAGCAAAGAAAAAUUUUAUAUCUCUGAUGACCGCAUCAGCCACCUUCUUCCUGCAUCUUAUCUAGACAGAAUUGUCAGGGUGUACGCUAAAAAACCUGAGCUGGUAGAGGCAGUAUCUGAAGCAUUUGAGAACUUUCAGUUGAGAAUGUAUGGAAUUAAAGCACAGGUGCAUGAAACUCCUGAGAAGAAGAAGCGGAGGAGGUAGUCAUUCCUGCAAUCCCUUGGCUAUACCUUAUCAAAACUUUUACACUACGUAUUCUUAUCAAUUUGUUUGUGGAAGUGAAUAUUUUCUGAAACAUAACAUUCCCUAUACCUAAAGAGUAAUUGAUGUGUUUUUUUUUUUUUUUCCAAAAAGAUGUUAAGGUAAAAUAUGUAAAGGUUUGGAGAUUUUAUAUGAAGAGAUAAAAUAAGAUUUCUAGAGUUGAAGAUCCA